AUGCCCCCAAAGAAGAAACCUAGUAGUGGUGCUACUGCUACUAGAUAUACUUUCCCACAAACAUUUAUCGAUCUACCGAAAUCCCUUAGCAAAAGUUACUAUCAACCUGAACCUGAAUCCAUAAUUGAUGAUCAAAUCAUCGUUAUUCGAAAUUUUUUCACCAAGGAAUUAUGUAAUGAAUUGAUUAAAUCAUUUGAAACAAAACUUAGUUUAGAAACCACACCGAUUAUUAAGAGUAAAGAAUAUGCAGUUAGAUUUAAUGAUAGAACUUCUAUGACAGAUUUAAUAUCUGCAGAUAUACUUUGGAAAUAUCUUGAACAAAUUUUAUUAAAUAAUCCAUAUGAAGAUGAAGAAUUAGGUGAAAUAAAUGAAAUAUUUAAAGAAAGCGUUGGAUUAAAUCCACAAUUACGUGUUUAUCGAUACAAAAAAGGUCAUCAUUUUAAUAAACAUUAUGAUGAUUCUGUUGUUUGUCCAAUACCUCCAAGUGGAAAAAAAAAUGGCCGUACUAAAUGGACAUUAUUAAUUUAUUUAACCGGUGAUGAAGAAUUUAAAGGGGGUGGAACAAUAUUUUAUCCUGAAAUUCGUAAAUGUCCACCUUUGAAUAUACAUCCAAGUAAAGGAAUGGCACUUUUACAUAAACAUGGAGACGAUUGUUUGAAACAUGAGGCUGAAAUUGUUGAAAAUGGAGAAAAAUGGGUAUUACGAAGUGAUGUCAUAUUUCCUAUCUAA